ACAUGGUGACACCGUGACACGCGGUGACGUGACGUGGUGACACGGUGACACUGUGACGUGGUGACACGGUGUCCCCGCCCCACAGUGGCCGAGCACCUGAUCGCCCAGCACAGCGCCAUCAAGAUGCUGCACAGCCGCGUGCGCCUCAUCCUGGAGUACGUGCGCGCCGCCGAGGCCGGCGCCGUGCCCUUCAACCACGAGAUCCUGCGGGAGGCCUGCGCCCUGUGCCACUGCCUGCCCGUGCUCAGCACCGACAAGUUCAAGACCGACUUCUACGACCAAUGCAACGACGUGGGGCUGAUGGCCUACCUGGGCACCAUCACCAAGACCUGCAACACCAUGAACCAGUUCGUCAACAAGUUCAAUGUCCUCUACGACCGGCAGGGCAUCGGGCGCCGCAUGCGGGGGCUCUUCUUCUAGGGGCCCCCACCCCAAAUAAAGGCGGCCCUGGGAAAGGG